CGCGCCCCGCGCCGCUCUCCCGGCUACGGCGAGCGGCGAGCGGCACAAAGAGCCGGCGCAGGCGGGGGGCGAAGCUCCCCCUGCCCUUCCCCGCACAGCCGGGCCAGCAAAGGUUCAACGAUCUUUCAGAAUCUGAAGUGGAGGAAUCUGAGGACCACACACCUAUAGUUGAAUCCCCACCAUCACUGGAUACCUUACCUGGUGUGGAAGCACCAGCAUCUGCAGCCCAGCCAUCUAUAGUGGAAUUGCCACUGCAGACCAGCUGGCUGUCAAGGAGCCACCACGUUCUGAUCACUUCCUGCUCAUUGUAUAGUCUGCAUCCAGGGAAAGCUCACCUGAGAUCAGAUCACCUGUGGGUGAACUUCGAGGUUUCAAAGUCAAGAUGCACACCUCCGAAUCCAAACAGGAUGGCAGUAACACCGUUGAGAAUGUGUUGUCAGCAACAGAGAUUACAUUUGAAUCAUUGGAGAAUCCAGAGAUUUUUGGAGACCCCUAUCAAGUCGCCAUGAAUUAUGCAGAGGAACAUAAAAUUCUACAGAUAUUUCAGGAUAUCACAGAAAAACUGCUGUUCCAUAAGCCUGAUGACCCCUUACAGUUCAUAUUGCUGGAGGUGCAGUCUAUGAUAAAUGCCAGGCAAGCAGAAGCGGAGAAACUAUCAGACUAGAACAAAGAUGUGAAGGUGUUUCUAGAAGAGGGCUUGUGCACUCCUUUUGGCCCUCAUUGACCUUGCUGUUGUGGUAUUGCCACACCAUGCCUUCACAGCACGAUGUAGUCAUUAGCAAGAACUUGGAAAAUAUCUGCUUUGCUGUCUCUUGCCUGGUUUUUCUGUUUUGUAUGCUUGUGCUUCCUCUUCCCCUUGGGUUCAAAUCCUGCAGCCAAGUUUUGGUUUGGAAUCACAGACUGAAAUCUAAGUGUGCAUGGAUCUUCAUGCACAUAUGGCACAUCUUGAAGAGGCAGGUCUGCUGAACUUCUAGGCAUAUAAAUACAUAAAUCUCAUAUCUCCA